CUGCGCGCGACGCCACAUCGAUUUUUCCCCACAAACAAGCCAUUUUCAACCAUCAGUGACAUUGUAAACACGUUUCACACAACUAGUUGCGCCCCCGGACGACACGAGACGAUGUUAUCGGUGCAUUGCUAAUGUUUUUUUAAUCAAUGAUGCGACAAUUUUCGCCGCCAAAAGAAUAAUGGCUGCAGAAAAUAAAGUUGAAAGUGAAGCGGACGAGAUGCCAGCCGCCGCGGCCGCGGACCCCAGCGCGGAGCAGAAGGAGCGUCUUAUCGCCGCCGUCAAAAAGGAAGUCAAACAGUUAAUGGAAGAGGCUGUGACACGAAAGUUCGUGCACGAAGAGAGCGGCGGUGUGACGGCGCUGUGCGGCGCGGUGGAGGCCUGCCUCGGACAGGGGCUUCGUAGACGCGCCCUCGGGCUAUUCAAGACCAGCUCAACUACCGCACUACUUCAUAAGAUUGCUAAGCACUGUCCGGAAGCUGCGCUGGUGUCUGCGCGUGUGUUGUCAGCAGAGGGCGCGCCGGCGACCCGCUCAGCGUCCGGUGUGGAGCGCCGCCCAUCCGCACCCCGCCCGCCUCUCAACAAACGCGGCUCCGGCUCCUUAUUGUCACAGACGCCGACACAAUCACGUUACCUCUGGAUACGGAUCGCUCUCUUUGAGAGGCAGUUGGCGAAGAUAAUCGAGCACUUAGUGAACAACGCGACGAGGUACUACGAGAGAGACGCAUUAGUAGCUGACCCGGACUACGGCAGUAUACUGAGCUCAUUACUGGUAGGACCUUGCGCUCUAGAAUAUUCUAAAGCGAAAGCUCCUGCUUGUUUCUGGUCAGAUCCACCAGCUGAUGAAUUGGUUCAAAGACAUCGUAUGUCGGCCGGUACAACAACGCCACCGUCAGUGCGACGGCCGAUACUUAACUUUAGAAGAAGUUUGAACGCAUCCUCGGACGAUACGAGCGGCUCGAGUGCAGCCACGGGCAGUGCGACAGUUUCAAGUGCUAAAGACUACGUGGAAAGCUUACAUCAAAAUUCUCGAGCGACUUUGUUGUAUGGAAAAAAUAAUGUCCGAGUUCAACCGAAAGACGUGGAAGAACCAAUGCCUGGGUAUUUGAGUUUGCACCAAACUGCCGCCGGUCUUGUUAUUAAAUGGACUCCCAAUCAGCUUAUGAAUGGAUAUGCAGAGAGUGAAGGAGUUGACAAAAGCUACCGUUAUCACCUAGUGCACACGUCCGCUUGCCAACACAAGUGCAUUAUGUGCAGCGUGGCCGACAUGUGCAGCGUGUAUAGGCGUCGCUGCGCUGGCCCACUCUGUAUAGACUGCGUGUACUGGGCGAUGUCACUGCAGGUGUGCGUGUGGGAGGUGGUCUACGUACACGUGCACAGAGCACGUGCUAGUGACGCACUCAUACUGGUGGGACAAGAUGGCGUCCAGCGGCCUCCAAUACACUUUCCCAAAGGUGGCCAUCUUCUUUCGUUCCUGAGUAAUUUGGAAACUGGUCUUCUGCCUCAUGGUCAGUUAGACCCGCCACUUUGGUCGCAAAGGGGAACUGGCAAGGUAUUUGGGCGUGGUAAGAGUCGUCGACGACCGAUGCCGAGUCUAUGUGAGAGUGGUGAGACAGAGGAGACCGAGUGGGAGGAUGUGGCAGGCGACUACGUGUUCCGUAUUGUUAAUAAUGCAAUCGCAGAUAGAGAAGCGAUGCGUCACUCGCUUCUAGAGCGUGCGGUGCAGUCUCCUCCGAGGACACCUCGACGUCCGCUUGCUUCAACAUCUACUACGUCAUCAGACUCAUCCACAAUGUCUGUAGACUGUCCGCCCUCGGCCAUCAUCAAUGGACAACCGCCACUCACGCCUGCGCAGAUACCACCUAUUGAACAGGCUGCGUCGAUCGAGCUGGUCUGUAGUACGAUGCGUCGUCAGAUAAUUUCGCGAGCGUUUUACGGCUGGCUUGCGUACUGCAGACAUUUGUCUACAGUACGAACUCAUCUUAGUGGCUUAGUCCAUCCUAACAUUGUUCCUACAGAUGGGACUGAGUCUGGUCUGACUGAGGAGAUAUGGCAGUCUAUGAUGGACGAGAACGGCGCAGUUCACAACGGUGACGAGGUCUACCGGCUCGUGUAUUACGGAGGCGUACAGCAAAACAUACGUCGUGAUGUUUGGCCUUAUCUGCUAGGAUAUUACGAAUUCGGUUCAACAUCUGAGCAAAGAAGUGAACAAGACGCGGCUUGUAGACGUCAGUACGAGACCACGAUGUCCGAAUGGCUUUGUGUGGAAGCCAUCGUGAAGCAACGCGACAGAGAAGCUACUGCUGCCUCUAUAGCACGGCUCACUGAGGCUGCUGGAAGAGCCACAUCUUCAACGGUGGAAACCGGAGAAGUAUUCGAAGACGACUGCAGUGUCAUAUCGGAUAAUCCGCCAAUCGUAUCCCCAGAACCAAGUGAAAGAGAACAGAAACCGGAAAGCAAACCGGUGCUUUCUCGAGCACCGAGCAUAGACGAAGUUGAAAAUAUCGAAAUGGAUUCAGAAGAGAAAGGAAGGAACAAUAGCAAAGUUAACGGAGAGACUGAUGGAACCAGUGAUAGCAAAGAGCACGUAGAUGUAGACAGUUUAAAUGAUAUCGACGACGACGAAGUUUAUAUUAAGAGUGUCGUAGAAAAUCCUGACAUGCGAAGGGAAAGUAUAGCUGAAAUUAAAAGGUUGGCAGAAGGAAUUGUUCAGAAGGGUGAUGGUAGAGGCCUUUUAUGCAGUGUGGAUAGUGGUAAUAUGACAUUAAAUGGUAACGACUUAAAGUCCUCGAUGGAAGAAAGCCAGCCGCCACAACAAAAGCACGCUAGUGUGAUAAUAACCAAUCCUUCCGUGGAUUUAGCUGCAUCUGGAUCACCUGCAUCUAGUGGCACAACGGCGAAUGUGAGUCCAGCCAGAAGUCCUUUGGGUGUGGUUCGCGAGGAGUCCCAUUCGGCGGGGGCAUCAUUCGAUACUCUAGAGCCGAGUGGAGACGCGCGCCCGGACAAUAGAUCAAAUUGUGUAUCCCCGGCUAGUUCUAAUGGCGGUGUUUACUCGAACGAGUUGGUAGAAACCUUCGCUUUGAAUUUGCACAGAAUAGAAAAAGAUGUACAGAGAUGCGAUAGAAACUAUCCAUUUUUCACUGACGAGAAUUUAGAUAAAUUGAGAAACAUCAUGUGCACUUACGUGUGGGAGCACCUGGACACAGGAUACAUGCAGGGCAUGUGCGACCUGGCCGCCCCACUGCUGGUGACAAUGCGCGAAGAGGCCGCCGCACACGCCCUUUUCUCCCGCCUCAUGCUCCGUGCUAAAGACAACUUCCCCACCGGACAGGCAAUGGAUGCGCACUUUGCGGAUAUGCGAUCGUUGAUCCAGAUCCUCGACUGUGAGCUGUACGAGCUGAUGCACGCUCACGGCGACUACACGCACUUCUACUUCUGCUACCGCUGGUUCUUGCUCGAUUUCAAGCGAGAACUGCUCUACCAAGAUGUGUUCGCCGCGUGGGAGCUGAUCUGGGCAGCGCGGCACGUUGCCUCCGAGCACAUGGUGCUGUUCAUAGCCCUCGCACUGCUCGAGACCUACCGUGACGUCAUCCUCGCCAACUCAAUGGAUUUUACUGAUAUCAUCAAGUUCUUUAAUGAAAUGGCGGAACGUCACGACGCGUCUGCAGUACUCUCUUUAGCGAGGGAUUUAGUUCUACAAGUACAAACAUUAAUAGAGAACAAAUAAAUAUUAUAUCCUUCUAUAUUAAGAAUAGAUAUUUUAAUUUGA